GCGUGUGUCAACAGCAAUUUCAACCAUGAAUAAACAAUCUAGUGGUAAGAGGAAGACCGCUCUUUGUGGCUAUCCAUGGUUGGGCUUUGAAAGUCACUAAGAAGAUGACCAUAUCUUUAAACCCCAUCGUCAGCUUCAGCUCAACGAAGUUGGAAACAAAGUAUCAGGAUGCAUCAAGAUAUUCUGUUGGAGCUUCUUUACCAAAGGCAACCCAGUUUACACCUUUGUUGAUAGUGUCUAGAUCGAGAAAGCUUGUCAAGGAAAGAAGAUUUGGUCCUUGUUUUUCAGUGGCAGAUAGUGAUCAGCUUGCAGCAGACAACAGUAGUAGCAAGGAUUUUGACAAUGCUGAAAAUUCGGCAACCAAUGAUCAGUCAGCAUCCGUGAAUUCCCCAGAUGAAAACUUCCAAUUGCAAACCGAAGUAAAUGCGGAGUCAGGAUCUCCAACAUUAGAGGCUUCCAUUUCCAAUGGUUCAAUUAACCAAGAGCAAAGGUCAGAAGCAUCUCCUAAGUCACAAUCUGCAACCAAACGAGCUUCCCUGACUGCAAGAGAGAGGUUAAAGGCAGCUCGAUCCAUCAACCGAUACGCGCAAUCAAAAGCAUCUAAGCCAGACAUGAGCAGCAGGGUGUUGGAGGCUUCAAAACAAAGUGACAAAGGGUCAGGGAAGAAAAAAUCUGGACUUCCAGAGGCCCCUACUAAUUUGUUUGAUGAUAGCAAACGAGGGUUGUCAACAGGCUUCACUUUCCAAUUUCCUGGAGGUUCUGAUCUCUUUUUCAUUAUCUUCUCAUUUGUUUUUAUCAGCACAGUGAUGUUUGCAACAACUUACAUUGUGUGGAAAGUUGGUGCAAUCCAUUUCAAUGAGUACUGAGGUGUGGUGUUAAGAAUUCACCAUAAAAAAAACAGAUAGUUGAUUUAUUAUAUAUAUGUAGACAAGCUUCGGCUGCUUCAAACUUCAUGAACUGAUGAUGUUGAUGAUCAGUUUUUCACAUUUUAGGUGCUUAGAUCUUCUAUUUUUUCAAGUUAAUUAUUGUUAUCAUUAUUAUUUUAUAAGCAAGAAGAGAUAUUUAGUUCAGGGUGGAUGUAGAAUACAAUAUAUAAUGCUCAACAGUCAACAUUGUACCUGUCCUUUUA